AACGAAUUUAAUAUAAAUAAAUAAAUUCGAUCAGAUUCCGACGAAUAUCGUCGGUGGCGUUGAUCGAAACCCCUCGUUGAAUCAUCGGAUUCAUUCGAUCGCACUCCCAAUGCAUUGAUUUCCAGUUCCGUUACUAGUUCUCCCCCUCUCGUUUUCCUUUUAGGGCUGUUUGAUCUCUGCAAUCCUCGCAUUUCCGAUGGCUGCAGCGGCUUCGGAUUCCGGCGAGGAUGGCGACCUUCAAGAAAUCCACGAGCCGGAUUUCUUAGGCGAGCUCUUCAACAUUAACUUAGUUCCCUCCGAUCUGUUCCUCAAGUUCCGCAAGCAAACCGAGGGCUUCCGCGUUGGGCUUAAUUUCAAGUUUUGCAAUGUUCCUACUAACGAGUAUCAAGCAGUGGUUGUUCUAAAACCCAUGGCUUCUAAUAAGAGGUGGAAGUUUGUAUAUGAGCCCUUGCAUGGGGAUAUUCAGUUGCUCUCAAAGAAGAUACCUCUUACUAAAUAUCUGAACAUCCAGAUCGGAAUUUGUCAUAGUUUCCAUUCGAAUGCAACUGGAUGGAAGUGGAAUCUAUCUACAUGUUUGGGUGGAGAUGGUGUUUCCCAUAUCAGAAACAAAUCAUCUCUUGGUCUAUGCCGGGGGGUUGAUCUGAGGAUUGGUUGGAGGGCAGAUUAUAUACCCCCUGAGAUCGAAGGGGAGCUUAGCACCGCGGAAUCUGUAUUAAACAUGAAGCAUGGCCACUUGCACGCAUCAAUAGAUAGAUUCGAAGCAAUUUUCACCAGCACAAAUUAAUUUUUGCAUUUAAUUUUUUUUACGUAAUUGAAGUAUCAAAGCUAAAAAAAUAAAUAUCAUUCAUACACAUAACACAUGCUAUGCCAGAGUGCAUCUAGAGUAGCUGCUAUGGAUGGAUAAAAUGUAGAUAUAUAUAUAUCAUCUUUCCGAUAUUAUAGUAACACACACAGUGGAUAAUUAGCACGAUUCUUGCACUCAACGCUUGGAAAGUAAGUGUUGAACUGAUUCUCUUUGUUCGAUAUCCUUAUUCUUCGUUUGUCAAGGCUUGUUCAUGUCGAAUUGUGUGAAUUCUUGUUAGCUGAGGUAAAUUGCACUACCAUAGCCAAAUUCCAACAAGUGAAUUCGAUCUCAUGUGACAAACAGUCUACACGAAGGAGGGGGGAGAUCACACUGUGUAUCGGGAUGGAAUUCGAUCCAUUCUGUCUCAACAAAGGGUGAGAUUGCUCAAGUUUUUGCCCUGUGUACAUUUCUCUACAAACCCAAUGUGAGGCAGAAGAGCCAAUCUCGAUCAAUAGUAUAUUCAUACAAAA